AUGUACUUCGACGGUGCCCUCAACCGUGAUGGAGCCGGCACUGGAGUCCUCUUCAUCUCUCCCAAAGGCGAACAACUCAAGUACGUCCUCCAGUUACUCUUCAAAGCUACCAAUAAUGCCGCCGAGUACGAAGCUCUCAUCCAUGGUCUCCGGAUCGCUGUCACACUCGACAUCAAGCGUCUGUUGGCUUAUGGUGACUCCAAAGUCAUCAUACAGCAAGUCAACAAAGACUGGGAGUGCACCAAGGAGAAGAUGGAUGCCUACUGCUGGGAGAUCAGGAAGCUUGAAUCUAAGUUCUACGGUCUGGAGUUCCACCACGUCCCCAGGGAUGACAAUGUUGCGUCGGAUGUUUUGUCCAAGCUCGGAUCCAAGCGGUCCAUCGUACCACCCGGUGUGUUCGUUCAAGCACUCAACAGCCCUACGGUCGAGGUGGAAGAGGAACCGCCUACAAAGCCCGACUUAGUCCCGGCCAUAGGGUAG